GAAUCGAAAUGGAAACCAUCUUUGAAAUACAGCGCCGUUUGCAUGAAGAAUGCGACCGCUUGGUGAUGGCCAUGUCGGAGGAGCUGAUGAUUCCAAAGAAGACGACAAAGGAGAAAGUGCUGGCAGAUCAUAGGAUAAAAAUCUAUCUCGAGCGGUACCAAACAUGCUCGAAAUCGCUGCUCGAGCUGUACCAAGACAAGGAUGGCGAGCGGAAGCAGGAAAUCACAAACAUGAGUGUGAACGAGUUCAAAGAGUUUUACAGUCAAUUUAACGGAUUGAUCGAAUUCCAUUCCAACCAUGGCAAUAACGUGGCCGUGCCGGCAUCAAUCGAGUUCGACAAGCUGAAGGAGCAACUGAACGAUCCGGCCUACCUUGCCGAGGUGGUGAAAUUCAGUGACGUCGAAAACUACGGCCAGUAUCUGGAUCUGCACGAGUGUUACGAUAACUUCGUGAAUCUUAAAGGCAUCGACAAGAUCGAUUACAUUACGUAUCUGUCGGAGUUUAACAAGUUUGCCGACAUUCCCCGUAAACAAAAGAACCUGAAGUACAAAGGCUACCUGCAGCUGCUGCACGAUUAUCUGUUCUCGUUCAUUACCCGCAGCAGACCGCUGUUCUUUGAGCUGGAACAUACGGUGAAGCGCAAUGAGCUGCAGUUCGAAGAUAUGUGGAAGAAUGGCAUCGUGCCGGGAUGGGAAAAGGUGCGCGAUGUUGAUGACGAUGCGCUGAUCAACCUGAACGAGUUUGGCAAGUGGGAAGAUCUAACGUAUCUUGGGCUGGAUCGGCUGAAGGCCGCCCUGCAGGCGCUCGGUAUGAAAUGUGGCGGCACGCUAGAGGAGCGUGCGCAACGCCUGUUCGCCUCGAAGGACGACAAAAAUCAAGAAAACGAACGCAAACGGAUGAUGAACCUUAACAAGGAGAAGGAUAUCGCGCUGUUGGAGUACAAGAUAGCGAAGCUGGCGGAACUGGUGGACGAUCAGAUUUAUGAGACAAAAAUCAACCUGCAGCGCAAGCAGGCCCGCUACACGCUGGACGAAAGUGACGAGGACAGCAUGGAUGAGGUGGAGUCGGAUGAUGAUGAUGGCAUUCCGUACAAUCCGAAGAAUUUGCCGCUCGGGUACGAUGGCAAACCGAUCCCGUACUGGCUGUACAAGCUGCACCAGUUACACUUUACGUACGAGUGUGAAAUCUGUGGCAACUACAAGUACAACGGGCCGAAAGCGUUCCAGAACCACUUCUCCGAGUGGCGGCACGCGCACGGUAUGCGAUGCUUGGGCAUCCCGAACACGGCACACUUUGCCAACAUUACGAAAAUCGAAGACGCUCUGGUACUGUGGGAUAAGGUGAAGGAGCAAACAUUCUCCAAGAUGUGGGUGCCGGCGAACGAGGAAGAGUUUGAAGAUUCACGCGGAAACAUUCUCAGCAAGAAGGUGUAUCUUGAUCUGCAAAAGCAGGGUUUGCUGUAG